UUUUUCUUCAGAGAACUUACAAAGUGGCUAAAGAAGGUGGUAGAACUUUGCGGUGGUGUGGCCUUGGCAGAAACUCAGUCGUCCAAUUCCAAUCUAAGGCAGGGCCACUAUCCACCCAAAAAGAGGAGUCAUUAUACACAUGGGCCAUAGGAUUGAUGAUCUGACUGAAUUUCCUUCAACUAGCUUGGACUUGUUGUAUAUUUCGCAAGGGAUGUGUAAGUAAAAAAAAUUCAGUGGUGACUCAGACUCUUUAUCCUCCAAAUUAGGAUUGCAAAUUAAUCAAUUGUCACUGUGGUUAGUCAAGAUUGUGGGAUCAGAAGGAAAUGAUUAGGCUGGAAAAAGAUGAACCAAUUUUAAUACAUCCAUGCCGGAGUGGCCAGAAAGGAAAAGGAAAAAAGGAGCACUUGUACUUUCGAAAUGGAUAUUUUACAGGACAAGAAGUGUAAAGUCUUCAACUUUUCGACAAGUGGGAGGAUGAGGAACAGCCUGCUCAUUAGAGGAAGAACAGGAGGAUUGGCCCAUGAAUGGGUUAUACAGAGCUUAAUAUUCCUCGUUCUUGGUCAUUUUCUCUAUCCAGGACACGCGAGAGAGCUAAGCCACGAAAAUCAGAAAUUUAGUUCCCGGCCAGUUUUCACCUCUCAAAGGGAUAUCACCACCCCUAUAACAACCGUUCCCACAAUAAUUCUUUCCAACCCCACUGCCUCGACUCCAUUUAUCAAUCCAACUUCAACUUCAGACACGUAUUCUCCGGCCAUGGAGUCUCCCAAAAGAUCAUCUCCACCGUCGUCAGGGGCUAGUUGGUGCAUUGCUAGUCAAAGUGCAUCACAAAAGGCAUUACAAAUUGCUCUAGACUACGCAUGUGGCUAUGGUGGUACUGAUUGUUCAGCAAUUCAAGCUGGUCAGAGGUGUUACAACCCAAACACCAUUCAUGAUCAUGCCUCCUACGCCUUCAAUAGCUACUAUCAAAAGAAUCCUGUUCCAAACAGCUGUAACUUUGGUGGGACUGCUGUCAUCACUAGCACUGAUCCAAGUACUAUGGCAUGUCAGUACACAUCCACUAGCACAAGUUCAUCAGUUCUAAACACCACAAAUUCCAAGGGAUCAACCGUGUUUGGUGCUGUACCCUCAAGUCCCUCUCCUUCAGCAGCAACCUGUCAAGAAAUAAAAGUUCUUCAACAACUAUUGUCGUUGACAAUUGUUUCUCUAACAUUAUUACACACCAACUAUCUUCAUGGCUGAUUGGGACUGUAAAACCAACUUAAUUUCUUAUAAAACUUUGCAUUUACUUCACCCAAUUGAAGUUGCUUGAAAGAACUGCAGAGUUCGGAUUCAGGAACAGACAUUUCUGGGACAUGGUUUUCAGCCUCCUUGAAAAGUAAAGCUAAUUUAGUAAAGAGCAAAGUGAAGACUUUUCAAUGUUGUGUUGGAUCGAGAGCACAUGCACAUGUCUUGUUGUUCAUUGGGGAAAAGAAGUAGUAACAAUACAUGAACCUAAUCUUGUUGUUUGUAUUGUACAUUUUGUACCUUUCCUCUUGAAUUCCUCUGUGUGCUUUUUCCUUUGAUAAUAUAGUGUUUUACUUUUAAUUGCCAAA